UUGGAAUUGUGAUGUCAUUCGUUCGACUUCCACCCAACUUCCACCACCAACACUUGAAACACUUGAACACUUUCUGCAGAGCAGUCUUCUUGUCCAAAGUAUACACGCCAUUGAGAUACCAUGGCAGAGACAUCAUCUUACUUGACGUGGACCAACGUCCUCAUCGGUCUCCUCUUCAUCAUCUUCGACUCGGUCCUCUCCCUAUUCCUCGGCCUCGGCAUCUCCUCUUCCCUCCUCGUGGCUGCGCUGCGAUGUAUAGUCCAGCUGACUAUCAUGAGUACGAUACUGGGGAAAGUGUUUGCUAGUAAUAAUGUGUGGGGAGUAUUUGGGAUUGCGGUAUUGCUGAACCUCAUGGCGGCUAGCGAGGCGACUUACAACAAGUCGAAGAGGAGGUUUACCAACAUGGUGUGUUGCUUUUUCUCCGUACCCAGUCACUCUCCGAUCUGACUCCUGAUCAUGUCACAGUUCCCACUCAUCUUGGCCGCCAUGUUGUGUGGAACCAUCCCGGUCUCCGUUCUGGGCACUCAAUAUGCUAUGGCACAGCACCCUUUCUGGCAGCCCGACCAGUAUAUCCCUAUAAUCGGCAUGAUUCUCGGCAACGCCAUCUCUUCUCUUGGUAUUGCUCUCAAUACUACCCACAAAGAGUUUUCAGAAAACAAGGACAAGGUGGAGACUUAUUUGGCUCUCGGCGCCAGUCGCUUUGAGGCUUGCAAGCCGAUAGCUGUGAGCGCGCUCAAGCUGGCGCUCUUACCUACUGUCAAUCAGCUCAGUGUGAUUGGGUUGAUCAGUAUCCCGGGUAUGAUGACUGGUGCUAUCGUGGGAGGCAAGUCGGUGGAGCAAGCUGCCCGGCUGCAGAUGAUCAUCAUGUUUAGUACGGCACUCCCAUCCAAGUACUUGUACAUGGCCGAAGCUAACGUUGCCGCAGUGAUUUCUGCUUCCUCAGCACUCUGCACUCUCAUCGCUCUCUUCUUUUCCCUCUCAACCUUGGUCGACGGCUGCGUUCGGAUACGAUCCGACCGUCUCACCUCUGAGGCCCCUUUGCUGUAUCGUUGGAGGAACGAGGCAGGGGCCAAGGUCUUGAAAGUGGCAAAGAGAGUGGGAGGAGCAGUGACGGGGAAGAAGAGGGAGAGUGGGACAGCAGAGGAGAGGAGGGGCUUGUUGGAUGGACAGCAGGGAUGA